CCAGGCGCUCGCAGCUGGCAGCGGUCCCGGCACGGUGCUGGGGUGUGUGUUUGGCAGGGGCUAGCCCUUGCUCCUUGCCCCUUGCCCUUCCUGCCACAGCGGGGGGCCGUGCUCCAGCCAGUGCCGGACAGGCUCGCUGGACAGCGAGGGAGCGAGCACCUGCCUUGAUCCCCAGGGAUCUGUUUAGGAGGUGGAAGCGCUUUGCCCAGCCGUGACCUCUGGCACACAAGUAUUUUGGUGAUACUCAGGCACCAGUGCUGAAAUCCCACAGGAAUGCUGCUGGAGAGAAACUGCAGCGCCCUGGUUUUCCAUGCGUCCGAGAGCGCCUGCGGACAGAGAGGGGCAGCUUGGUCCAGCAGAGCCUGUGUAGCUGAUGGCUCCCGGGAUAAUGCCGCAGUCCUGCUGCAGAGCCGUGCCCAAGAGUGAUGGUGGCAAAAAGCCGGCGUCGGAGGCAAUGCCAGACCAGCGCUGGAAGCUACAAGUCUUCUACCUCUGCUUCUAUGGCUUCAUGACACAGAUCCGGCCCGGGGAGAGCUUCAUCACCCCCUAUCUGCUGGGGCCCGACAAGAACUUCACAAAGGCAGAGGUGACCAACAUGAUCACGCCAGUGCUGUCCUACUCCUACAUGGCCGUGCUGGUGCCCAUCUUCCUGCUGACGGACUACCUGCGCUACAAGCCCGUGCUGGUGCUGCAGAGCCUGAGCCACAUCUCCAUCUGGCUGCUGCUGGUGCUGGGCACCUCAGUCCUGGCCAUGCAGCUGAUGGAGUUUUUCUACGGCAUCACCAUGGCUGCCCGCAUCGCCUACUCCUCGUACAUCUUCUCCCUGGUCGCUCCGUCCCGCUACCAGCGGAUGGCCAGUUAUUCCCGCUCCGCCGUGCUCCUGGGGGUCUUCACCAGCUCCGUGCUGGGCCAACUCUCCGUCACCUUGGGCGGCGUCCGCUUCCUCACCCUCAACUACGUCUCCUUGGGCUUUGUCAGCUUUGGCCUCAUCCUCAGCCUCUUCCUCGAGCGGCCCCGGCGCAGCCUCUUCUUCAACCGGCCUAGGGGGGCUGGUGAUGCCGCUGCGCCCACCGAGCUGGAGAGGAUGGCUGGGGGGGAUGGCGGGGGCGGGACACGGGGCUGGCGGGACAUGGUGCUGUGCCGUAUGCUGCGGGAGCUGGGAGCGCUGGCCAGGCAGCCCCAGCUCCGCCUCUGGUCCUUGUGGUGGAUCUUCAACUCGGCUGGAUACUACCUGAUGCUGUACUACGCACACAUCCUCUGGAAUGAGAUCUCUCCCACCACAGACAACCGCCGGGUGUACAACGGAGGCGUGGAUGCUGCCUCCACGCUGCUGGGAGCCAUCGCCUCCUUCGCUGCUGGCUAUGUGAAGAUCCGCUGGACGCUGUGGUCGGAGCUGGUGAUUGGAGUGGUGACAGCAUUCCAGGCAGGAUUGCUCCUGCUCAUGAACUCCACCACCAAUAUCUGGCUGUGCUAUGUUGCCUACACCCUCUUCCGUGGCUCCCACCAGUUCCUGGUGCCCAUUGCCAUUUUCCAGAUUGCUACCUCCCUCUCCAAAGAGCUCUGCGCUCUGGUCUUCGGGGUCAACACCUUCUUUGCCACCGUGCUAAAGACCAUCAUCACCAUCAUCGUGGCUGACAAGGGGGGCUUGGGCUUAUCCAUACAUCCCCAGUUUUAUGUGUAUUUUGGCUACUUCACGCUGCUGGCCGUGGUCUACCUGCUGGCGGCCAUCGGAGUGGGUGUCCAGCACAGCCACCGCAGGCAGCCGGUGGAGCUGGCCCUGGCCAAGGAGCCGUGCCAGGCCCCAGUGGAGAUUCCAGCACAGGAGAAAAGCCCGGAGACGGGCACCACGCGAGCCUGAGCGCUGGCACCGCGACACUGUGGCCAGCUCUUGGCUCCUGAAGUGAGCAUUGUCAUCGCCACUGCGUGCUUGGUGUCCUGUCCCACUGCUGGUCCUAGGUGCUGUUCUGUCCAGGAUGUAACCCUUGGGACACGUUUUGUGCUCCGUGAGGACAGGGUGCCCCUUCCCCAUCCCCAGGCAUAGAGCGGGGGCAGGAUCCCCCUGGUGCCACCACUGUGUGCCAUGCAGGGGUAUGGAUGGGGACCCCAUCCCGCUGCAUCCCCAUCAUGGCACGAAGCCAGGCUACAAGAGGAUGUUUCUUUAUUCAGUGCCUUUAGAAAAUGGUUUAUAGGACACAACCGACGACAAAAAAAAAUAUAAAGAUCCACAGGCUUUAAAUUGCAUUAAUUACACAAAAUACAGUAGACUGUAAGAAAUAGAGACCGUGUGACUCGCACAGCUUUUAUGGUAAUAAUUUCCAUACAAUAACAAAAAAAGCUAGUUACAAAUUUC